AUGCCUCAAGACGAAUCUGAACAAUGGCGUUCGACCGUCCUCGAGAAUCCUGUCGGAUUGAACCCGCGAUACUGCUCCGACCGACAUAUGAAACUCGAUAUUCGAAAGAAUUGGUCUUUCAGUGGCCUAGAUUGUACUGUCAAGGAUCAAGAUGGGAAAAUACUCUUGCAAAGUCAUGGUCGUCGCUUGCACCGUACUGACUUAAUAAAUACCGAUACUGACACUCGACGGGAUCACGAGAAGGUCAUGACGGUAUCUUUCAUGUGCACUUACAGAGGACCAGAGGAAAAAGCUAGAGUUGGAUCUAGAACCUGCUUCAAAGACCAUCUCACGGGCGUGAACAAGGAGAUCAUGGUAGAUUCUCAAGGUAUCAUGAAGAAAAGGGGUGUCAUAACCUUAAGGGAUGAUACAGGACAUGUAGGGAUGAACCAAGAGAGGUUUGGUAGUGGUGUAGUUAUAGGUUUUUUAAAUGACUAUGAUACGGUAUUUGAUUACACUCAUCCUCAAGUAGAGCUGAUUGCGAAUAUCGAUUAUGCCCUCCUAGCUGUCAGUGCGAUCUGUGGUGAACAUGUGACUGGUUAA